AUGAAUUUUCUGGCGACCAUUGCUCUCCUCGUCGUAUGCAUCGCUUCAAUAGUUAGCUCAACAGCAAUCCGAGAAAAGCGGCAGUACGGUUACAACCCGUACGGAUUUGGACGCUAUGGUGGUGGCGGAUUUGGUCGACCCUAUGGCGGAUAUGGUGGUGGCCCGUACGGAGGAGGUUACGGUGGUGGAUUCCGGCGAGGACCCACAGUCAUUGAGAAGACAGUCAUCAUCCGAGGAUAA